UGAAGUACUCCAUAGUCGAACGCAAUAUAGUAUCCGCAUUCCGAUUUCACAACACAAACGUUGUUUGAUUCCAGCGGUUCAUUUCCCAUUUCUAUUCUCAACUAUAAAUUUCUGACAGAUCAUCUUGUACCUUUGUUUUGUCUUCUGUAGAAUUAUAGAUAUUAACAAUUAAGGAAAAUAUGGAAUAUUCAAAGAUAUUAAUAGUGUUUUCAUUUUUUGUCUGUUUGAGCGUAUCAGAGAAGGUACUUCCUCCAGAACCAAAUACAAGGGGAACAGCUAUAGUUCCUACCAAUUCGACAUUCAGUCCAAUUACCACUUCGAAUCCUAAUAAUACAACUACUAUUUCCCCAAAAACAACUACUAUUUCCCCAAAUACAACUACCAUUUCCCCAAAUACAACUACUAUUUCCCAAAAAACAACUACUAUUUCCCCAAAUACAACUACUAUUUCCCCAAAUACAACUACUAUUGCCCCUAAUACAACCACACCUAAUCCAACAACCACUCCUUCUCCAACUAGCAAAUCUACCACUGUUCCAACGUCUACUCCCUCUCCGACACCUCUUCCCAACCCCUCUACAGGUAAUUGGAGUUUGAAUUAUGACAAAUCGAAUUAUACAUGUCUGGUAAUAGAUGCAGCUUUCCAAAUUGAAUUGUUAGUGGUGAAUUCUACAUCGAAGAAAAUUAACAUUCCUGUAAAUGCUACGUCUGAUGGUAGUUGCGGUAACAAUACAGAUAUUUUGAAUUUGAGAUGGGAUGGAAAUGUUAUAACAAUGAAUUUUACCAAAAAUGCUACUGAGAAAAAAUUCGAUUUGGAAUUCAUCAGGGUAUCUUUGAAUGGUACCAAAAAUAACACUUUAAUUCACGAGAAACCCGAAUUCAAAACUUUAUUGGAUCAUUCGUACAAAUGCGCUAAACUUCAAACUCUAAACUUUACCAAGGAACAUGAAAAUGACACAGUUGCUUAUUUACACAUUAGUCAUGCGCAGUUCCAAGCUUUCUCGAAUGUUACAGGACAUCAUUUCUAUGAUGCCAUCGAUUGUGAAGCAUCGAAUAUAACAUCGGACGUCGUCCCGAUCGUAGUUGGUUGCGUCCUAGCAAUUCUUGUAGUGGUAGUAUUGGUCGCCUACCUAUAUGGAAGACGUCGUUGCCAGGCUAGAGGAUACCUUUCAAUGUUUUCUGAUACAAGAAGCGAAUCGGAUUAUAUUCCUAUGAAAAAUCUGUCCUGUUUUAAGUAAUUUUCACGAUAUAUAUUUAUAUAUACAUAUAUAUUGAAAUUUUCAAAAACGUCCAUAUAUAAAUAUGAAUCAGGGUAUUUAUUACACUGAAACUUAUUUUUUAUAUAAACAGCUGCAUUAAUGUAUAGGUGUGGGGAUAAAAAAAUCCGUACAAAAUGUUUUAAAUUUUCAUUAUCGGUUUUUAAAAUAAAUAGCGAUUUUCCAAAAAAGUCCCAUUUGAGGACCAUGAGAUAUCUUCUGGCACACAUUUUCUGGUUGGUUUAUGAAUGCUCGGUCUGCCUAACCUCUUAGGAUCAAAAAUUGAAAACGUUAUCAAAUAGGUUCUUGCUAUAACCCUCUUGAACUCAUUCAUUUCUUCAUCCUUUUUGAAUUGGCACUUGUUGGUUCUGUUGUAACGAACCUAUCAAAAUAAAAAACAUGCUCAGUAGGGUUGUCAACCAAUGAAAUGUGUUUUAGAAUAACUGAGGCUCCAAGACCUUCAACUGGGAGAGGUCGGUUCUGUUUUCUCUCUGCAUGGAAACAGAAUCCGGUUUCAGCACAUUGCCCAUUACUUGAAUCAGAACUGAAUCGGCUUACCACGUAUAAAUUGCUUCAAAAGUGAUGUCCAUAGUAUCUGAUCAUUUGUUGGUCAAUGCUUAUAUUUUUAGCAAAAAGCCCAAACUGUUUGUUCAUUUUUUCUAUCAAAAGAAAAAUUUUGGUUGUUCUCUAUAUUGGAAUCAUCAUUCAGGUGUAAAUUUCUUUUUAUUUCUAAAUACCUGUUUCUCGGCAUACAUAUUCUUAUACGGGGUAAAUUUAUGUCUUCAUCUUCGCACCAAUGCUUUUAUUCCUGUUGGAGAGAAUGGUAUCCUGUCAGUAUCAGAAACAGAAGACACCGACACUUUGCUUAACUUAUAUACAGCAUUAAAUGUCUCAAAUAUUUGAACCUCAGACAUUUUUUUGCCUCUUUGAUAUCUCUUGACCAUCCCACAAGACUUUGGUCAAAUCAGCCUGUAGAAAACGAAUCACAAUUGAUAAUUGGCGGGUGCAUCAAUAAUGGCGGUCGUGUUUACGUGGCUGUAGCACAACGCCGACUGACGCCUGAAUAUUAACAAUGGCUGAGUGCGUAGUGCGAGUGGAAAUUUAGGACCACUUCCACCCCCUUUCUGAAGAACUACAUUUAUACCUUUAUAACGUUGCUUACAUAUUUCUUGUGGAUUUUGAAUUUUCUGUCCAAUUUUCGCAAACUGACUCCCCUGUUUUCUUUUUUUGGCUUUUCUGCUUGAUCCCUGACUUACUUUCAGUCGAAAUAUCUGUCUCAAUACGCCGACAGAUGUCGUAAACUGUUUGUCUAUUCCUAUUCUUAUAAAGUAAACUAAUUUUUCAGAUUUUGAUUUUGUUUAUAAAACGCAUAUUUUAUUUGCUAAACUGUCUAAAAAUGUACGAAUUUUUCGUCCCUACACCCUUCAAUGCAUAAAAAUCUUGUGGUAAAUGCAUUUAUUUAUUUGUCAAAUUGACAAGUAAAUCGAAUGAAGAAUAAAAAAUCAACUAUUUAUUUAUGGAUAUUAUAAUAAACAACAUAACUAAUUUAACUACAAGAGGGUAUUUAUUAUUAUAUGCUGGGCUUUAUAUUUAAUUUAUUUUAUUUAAAAUUGUAAUUUGAGUUUCGUUGAUGAUAUAUUAUCAUUGAAACCAAGUGAUUUUUGUUGUGAUAUAACAAAAACAAUACACGUAAACAGUACUCUACAUACACUUUAUUUAAUUUAAUUAAUGAUUUAAAAACACAAUGGUGACUUUUAUGGGUUACCUAUUAAAGAAAAUUUUUAUUACUACUAUCAACUCUAUACACGUUUACUUCCACUUUUUGAUAAUGAAUUCACGAUAUUUUUAAAACAUAUUCUCAAAUUUUGCUUUUAUAAAACACAAGCGCACUUUAUACACUCGUGAACAAAAAAAUCGACUCGAGUACGCACCAAACAAACCAUCCAAAAAUCUCCUUCAAAAGGCACGUUUCCUUUUAUGCAACACUCAAAGUCUUCUCUGGACUCGUCCUCUUCUAGAAGAGAACAGAGCCCCAUGGUUCGUCGGUCCAAUUAACGUGUUCUCGGACAAAUCGUAGAAGGGAUUAAUUUGGGGCCAGAAGCAGGUCUUUGGCUCAAGCCUUAAGUCUUCUUCUGAUUAUCCAACCAUUCUAAACUCUUGUUGAACUGGAACAUCAGUGAGCGCGCUAUUUCACAGCGAUAUGCACAUUUUUCUUCCGGAACCGCAUCUUUGAUGAAAGUUAUCAAUAUCUUUGUAACGACGGUAAAAUCUAGAAACAACACUGGCCACUUCUUGUUAACUAUGGCCUUGUAGUAAUAGGGUGACCGCUUGCGCAGUUUUAUCACUUGUUGUAUCCGUUUUCAAUAAGAAUUAUUCCUAACCGAUCAUAAUAUAUUGUUGCACUGUUAAGAUUUUAUUAAGAAAAUACAUUUUCGUGUUCAGUUCUUUUGCCAGUGACUUGCGACUACAGGGGUGACGCUUCGAUCGAUCUUUUCGCUCACGACUGUAGAUUACUCUAACACUAGGACACAUAGAAAAUAUUAAGAUGCUAUUAUGGAAUAAUUAAAUAUUUCAAUUUCGUUGUGUCAAAUAAACAUUUUGAAAGCUACUUAGUCACAAAAUCGAUUUUAAAUUCUGUAUUUGUAAUCUUUGAGAGCUUUUAUGUCAAGUUUGCAACUUUGACAUUUGUAGCCACUAAACAAAAUCUAAAUACCUAAAGAAUGAUUGUUCACGUAUCGGGGAAAAUGACAUUUUAGAAGUUGGUACCCGUGUUAUCGAUGUUGUAUUGUUAUCAAAAUAAGCCAAUUAUGUCCGAAUAUUUCAUUUUAACCUUACAUCAGGUUUAAUUAUUUCAUUUAAUCACAAUAACAGGGAAAGAAACUAGAACGUGGCAACGAUGUAAAACAUCUACCAUAUUAUUUUACAAACUUAUCAUAAAAGCCUUUAGAUGAAUAUUAAUUUAAAUAAAUUAUUGUUUGCAAAUUAGAAAAUCGUGUUUUUAGCGGAAAUCAAUUAUAUAUAGUCAAUAUAAUUUCAAAUAUAUAUACGAGGGUUGUUUUUUUCCAACUUCCAGUGGGUUGUGAAAAGUAAUAGACGGGAAAAUACACAAAAAAUAUUUUAUUACCAAAAGAAAGGUUUUUUUUUCAUAAUCACCUUGACGAUUAAGGCAUUUGUCAUAUUUGUGAACAAUCUUUGCAAUACCCUCUUCAUAAAAUGAUUUGAUGCGAGUUGUGAGAGUUUCUUUGAGCUCCGCGCCAAUGUGGAAGCGCCGCCCUUCAAACCACUGCUACCCACGUUGCUAAGUCGGGACUGUAUGAUGGAUUUUUCGAAAAUGUCCAAUUGAAAUUGCUGAAGGAGUCAUUGGGUUACACAAGCGCUCUUCGUUCGUUUUGAAUAGCUCUCCGUAAACGUCGCAAAGUUCCACAAUAUGAAUCUGCAUUAAUAGUUGUUCCAGGCUACAUAAACUCCACACACACAUAUUUGAUUCCACAAAACAGUUGCCAUAAUCUGUUGAAGAUUCGUUUGAAUACUUUCCAUCCAUUGUUGUGAUUGUCACAAUAAAUGUCAAAAAAUCUUCUUCAUCAGUAUUGUAAAGGUCAAGAAACUCCAAAGGUGUAACCAAUCGACGAUUUCCGAUCGAUAUUUCAUUUAUGGUGAACCUUCGAGUUUCCCUAACCUCCAGGUUAACAAUGUCGUCUGUAGUGGCAGACGUGCGUCCUUGACAGACAGGCACUCGACUCAUUUUCGUUGCGCUGUUGCCUUCUGCCUGCAAGAAACGUUUAACAGACCGCAAUUAAAAUUUGGCGGGAGAAUCAAUAACGAUAGACAUGUUUAUGUGCUGUACCUCGACAGGAAAUGACUUUUUGAAAUUGAAAGUGAGCGGGGAAGAUGCGUAGUCGCCUAAUUCGCACACCAGUCACCUACUGCAUUCCUGGUCCUCAUACUUUGCGAUCAAAUUUUGAAUAAAAGAACAACUCUCCUGUAUAUUUUGGGUAUUUCCAGUUUUCUUAUCGAGGUUAUGUCAAAAUGGGUGAAUUUUUUCCAAAACCAAUCCACUAUUGAACAGUUUUUUUAAAAGAUAUAUUUUGACGUAUAAUUUUUGUGCGAGGAUGAUAAUUUAUAACUAGUUCAUUUUCAAAUCACUCUUAAGACUGAAAAUAUAAAACGAUUCAUAUGAAAUUGUGAUAUUAUUAGCUUUUCACUAUGGACUUAGUUAUAAAUGUGUUUAAAAAUUUUUUUUCUUUCAUGGUACAAACAUUUAUCACUAUCUGUAUUUCUUAUUGUUAAUUAGGUUGUAUUUAAAUAAAUAUACGAGUAUUAUAGUUUAAUUUUUUUACUUUUAUUAGAAAAAAACCAGUAAAAAUAUUCAAGUCACAAAAAAAUCGUCAACCAAGUUCCAAAAAACUUUCUUGCAGAAACUUUUUAUUAUGCUUCAAACGAUCCGAUGAUGUUUGGUUUGUAAUUCUGAUUUUCUGUUACAAAUACUCACAAUAUGUGUGUGAGAAAAUUAUUGAGACUGGCGACACCGCGGAAGAUCUGGCAACGUUGUAUUUACCGGAAGGUUGACCGAUUUAUUGCUUCGUCAGUAUGAGUUUUAAUUCCGUACAAAUUACUUUUGACGGUGCAAUCAGUGUGUAUUAGAAUUGGAAGAUAAUUUCUUACGUACCUCGUAAUUUGGUGAAACUAUGCCAAAACAACUGAAAUUUUCUUUGCAGUCCUCGUCAAUGUAAACAAAAUUACAUAUUUUAGGUUUAUCAAUGGAAAUCAAAUUCUCUAAAGAUCUUAUACUCUAUAUGAAUAUAAUUUCAUAAACAGCAUCUGAGCCAGUGCGACUCUGGUAUUUAUCUAAUCUCCCGAACGAAUUUUGCCUCGGCUUUUUUAACAUUUUCACAUUUCACAUAAAUCAAACUCAAACUUUUUUUUUAUAUUCCACUAAAUUUAAACAAUACUAUUCGUUUCUUAACGUUUUAUUAGCAAAAAAUAUUAAAUUCAAUGUUGGAUUUGAUUAAUUUUUCGUCGUCCUGAUAUAGGAUUUGUUCGGUAUGUUUCCUGUGUGCAUUAUUCCCUAUCGUGGGCCAUUUGGCUGAUGAAAGCGAUUACCAGGUUGCAAGAAAACCACAAGGAAUAAACUGGAAGAUGUUGCUUGAUUCUGUGAAAAAUAUUCUUAUAUAUUAGCUUUGUUCGAGCAUUAGAUUUUCGAAUCAGUGAGGGUCUGAUUAUUUGAUUGAGUUGCUCAUACGUAGUACUUAAACUUUUGUGGUUCUAUAAUAGUCAUAUAAAACCAUGACUCGAUUCCUAAACUAAACAAACGCGAUCUGAGUUGGUUUAGAAAUGAUUCUAAUCGUGAUGCGCAAACAAAACUAAAGCCCAGUACACACUUUUUUGCUCCAAAGAACUUUAUAUUGUCAUUAUUGUGCAGACCUACCUCUUUUGCUGCUAUUAGUGGUUUUUGUGGUUUCUUCUAUUUCUUGUUAUCAAAGCUAUCUUGUUUAAAGAACGCUUAGAUGAAGCUCAGCUGAUGAUUCAAACAUUGAUUUCUAUCUAAAAUUGUGUAAUAUAAUAAAAUGAUUACUGUAUAUAUCACCUUGAAGCCUUGUCGAUUACUACAUUUGAUAAUUGAUUGGUAUGUUUCUCUACUGUUGUUGCUUAAAUGAUGGUUUUAUUUUUUAUAGAUAUCAAUUUAUAUGUCCUUCCCCUAUCUUGUCAUUAUUUUUUUCUAAAAUAUUUAUCAAGAACACUUGAAAUUUACAAAUUCGUGUACCUACUUGAAAUCUUAUCAAUUCAAUGGGUGUCAAGGUGUUUUAUGAUAAGCUCAUUUUUAUUUUUUUACGAGUUUGGUGAUUUCCCCAUACACAAAACGAGAUAUUUUAGUAAAUGUGUACAAGCAAAGUCAAAUAAAUAGGAAAGAAAAACAUCUUGUUGUUCUACCUCCACAAGCACUCCGCUUUUCAAAGCAGCAAUCUGCAAAUCACUUUCUUGGUCUUCGCUCCAAUCAACUGACCUUUUUGACAUUUGUUUAGUUGUUAAACUAUAGGCUUGUUCUUGACAGCUGCACGGGCAGAACUAGUUCAAGAAGUGUUCUUUGCAGCAGAACCAGCGCUAGUGUUGCUGUUCUUAGUAGCAGUGCAAGAGAACUAGCUAAAAGUACUAAAGCGUUUUCUAUUAUUGUUAAUACUAUAAGGCCUGAAUGACAUAAUCUCAAAUAUAACGAAUGCUCCAUUGCUCUCUGCACUAUAUCGUUCUUUGUAUCCAAUCGAAAUAAUUCUAUACACUCAUGAACUGGUCGUUCAGUAUGGCUACCAAGAACAAACCUUAAAAGUAACUAUAGCUUUGUUCACGUGAUUGAUUCUGUAAAAAUUUCGUUUUCGCGAGUCAAUCGACUUCGAAUCACUCAUAGCAGUUCUAUAGUUUUUAUUAGGGGAUAAAAAUUUUAAUUCAGUGGUUUAUCGUUCGCAGUAAAUCAACAUUCUUUAUUUGUUCGUAAUGGAGCAUGCGCAUUACAGCGAUCUUAAAUUGGAUGCCAACUAAUUCGGAAUCGAUUCUAAAUUUGAUCCUCGAACAAAACUAAUGUCUACAACUGCAAUUAAAAAUGACACGAAAUUAAUAUAAACUGCAAUGUAUUUUUUGUCUUGCAGGAACUAAUAUGUUAUAUCUUCGGCACAUGGGUUUCUUUUUAACUAAAUCAAAUAUAGAAAAAAAAUUGUUAUUACUAUAAAUUAUUCUAUUUUUAUGCAAGCUUUGAAUUGUCUAUUUGCGAGUUGCUUUCUCAAGUGUCUUAAGAAGCUAUGGUUUUUGUGUUUCUGUGGGCAGCGUAGCGAGGUGAUGGUUUUUUUAUCUUUUUGUUUUGAUCUUAUUAUUUAUUUAUAAAACAGAUAAUUUAAAUAUAUUAUUUACAGAAAUAACGAGGAAGACAUGCCGUGAAAGUUGUUUGUUUCUAUUGGAAACUUUACUUUAAGAAUGUUAGGUAAUAAAUAUUUUUAUAAAAUCACA